UUUGAUUGGGAAUCAAUGAGCAAUAGCUAAUUCUUUUGUUCUAAAAUUCGCCAUUCGUUUGACAACACAAAACUAAAAUCCCGCGUAUCGUCGCUUUAACGAGAAUUAAUACCUUAGAAUUUAAGAGAAACCAAGAGACUGAAAUGUUAAAACGCGUGUGUAUUAAGCGAGAAAAAUCGGAAAUUACAAUAAUCGAGCUAGACGCUUUCAGUUCGCCGGAUGUUCUUCAAAUGAGCGGAAUAGCUGGCAUCGUGGUUCGAUAUCUUCAAUGAAGCCACAAUGCACACCGGGAGUAUAUUGUACGGCGCAGUAGUACAUCGUGUCGGUCACUGAGAAUUCCUUGUCGUUAGCUGAUUAAGCUUCACAAUAAUGCUGCAGUUGUAGUACAAUUCAGAGAGAAAUAUUCAGAACAAAAAAGAAGGAUGCCAGCAGCUGGCGCAGCCGCGCCGACUAUCGAUGAGGGAGCCGGUCAGCCGCAGGAGGACCCGGAAUUACCAGAACAACGUCCUCGCGAGGGUGGACGGUCCAGCUUCAUGAGACCUCUGGUGGUGUUAGCCCUACCCGGGAUGUAUCUCUUCUACAAGUACAACCAGUACAGGCAGGAGCAACGCGAGUUGUCCCGUAGAAGAGUAACCGAAAGGGAACUUCAACAUCUUCACCAUAAAAUCGACAAAUUGCUCACAAAACUAGAAGAAAACGAACCAGAGUUGGCUUCUUCACAGGAAGAUGAGUGCGUCAUAUGCGUGAAUGCGAGGGCGACGAUGCAGACCGCGCCAUGUGGGCAUCGAGUGGUUUGCAGACGCUGCUUCGUCAAGACGAUACAAAUGGCGGUGUCUCAGAGGCUUUUGCCGCUGAGAUGCGUUAUAUGCAGAGCGAAAAUACUACGAUUGAAGCAGACUUACAUUCCUCCGCGUGAUUAUUUGCCGGGUAAAUCUUGGAUAUUCCCUCAAAGCUCGUCAGAGUAUAACAUGGGCACAGGAGCCGGUAUGUCUAGAUCUGCUAGCAGGUGGGGAACCGCAACUACUAGAAGUGUACCAGCCUCUGCCUCUUUAUACUCGAUGGCCAGCGGUUCGUCAUCAGUUUCUGGAGUGUCUUCCGUUUCUUCGGCAACUUCCUCGACCGCGCGUAGCAUCUCUCUCAGCAAACCGACGAGGGCGACGAGGAUACGACAACCCACAGGCGCCACUCUCAGACGUUCCCAGACGCAAUCGAUGAAAAUGCGAAUUCAAUCGUACCAAGAUCCUAUUCAACAAAUCCCCGAAGAGGAGGAAAAUUUGCGGGAAAAUCGGGAACGCCGAUUGCCCCCCAUCCGUGAAUUCCAGAGGGAUUAUCGUGCUGGUAAAGCCUCUACUAGAAUCAGAUGUGCUCACAAAAUUGUGACACAGAUGGAUAUACCGCCGAGCUCAAGAAGCAUAUCCGCUAUUACAUCGUCGGCAUCGUCAGCAUCGUGCAACCGCGCCAUGUCUAAACGACCAACGACAAUGCCGAAGGUGUCGGUGGUCCAAGAGGUGCAGAAGUCAAAGAAAGAAAAGGAACAGGAGAAGGAACGCGAAAAAGCGGAGAAGGCCCGUCAGAAGGAAGAAGAGAAGGCCGAGAAAACUAGACAGAAGGAAGCCAAGAAGCUGGCGAAGGAAGAGAAGAAGAGAGCGAAGAAAGAAACAAAAGCACGGCGGAAGGAAGCCGAGGAAGUUCCUCUUUUGACGGACUAAAAAUAAGGUUUGACUGAUAGAAUAAAAGUCUCGUGACAUCGAACAUCAUGAUACAGCUGUUCUAAAGAGUUUUCAAAGACUGACGGUUUUUUCGAUAUCUUACAUA